UGAUUCAAUGGCUGCGAAAAGCCAAGCAGACCAGCUAAAAUAGCCAAAUGAGGGACUAAUUAACAUACAUACUCCUCUUAUGUCUAGAAACCUUAUUGGAUGCUAUGAUUGCGUCCGAUGACAGUUCUGCGACUAGGUAAACCUUGCAGUAUGAACGAACUCGUUACUACUUAUAGGCAAGAUUAUACCUAGGCAAGAAGAACAAAGUCAACACCGCAGCUGGGUUAUCGUACCCAUACUGAGAGACAUACUGAGAGACAUUAUAGCUUCUUCUCGCGGAAUAGUAGAAGCCUAUAUAUGUUUAGCUGUGAGUAAUAUAGUAGCAUCUGCCGGUAGCAUCUACCAUCUUUAAAAGAGGGCAUAAAGGGGGCGUCUCGAUGCAAGUGGAUAAAGCGCCUAGCCAUUAGUCGGUCAACUUCUCCGGAUUUGCUCUUAUUCCGCGCCUUAUCUAUUUUUUAGCAGCCAGUUGCGCCUUAACAAGUUGCUAGUAUACCAUUAUUUGUGGCCAACAGUUGGAAAUUCGAAGACGGUGAGUUGACUAAGUCACAUAGAUGAUGGAGAUGACGGGAUGACCGGAAAUAUGGAACUAUUUAAGGCGGUGAACAUUCGGAGAAUUAUACUAAAUUUGGGCGAGACGAGGCAAAGGUAAUCUUUAUAUAAGUAUCAAGGCGAUGAGAGUGCAAGUAAAAAGAACAUAUUCUACAAUAACUAACCAUCAAAUAUCAUCAACCAUGGCAUCAUCAACACCAACCACUUACACCACGAAGCAGUGGAUCCUCGCUUCGAAGCCCACGGGUGCUCCGGUGCUCUCCGGCCCCGACGCAACAUUCAAAUUACAGACGACGACGCUGCCGCAGCUGAAGGAAGGCCAACUCCUGUGCAAGGUGCGAUAUUUCUCCAACGACACCGGCCUCCGCAAUUUCAUCCAGAGCACAGUCGCGCCCGAGCGCUUCUACGUGCCCACGGUCCCUGUGGGGUCGCCUAUGCGAUCGGGCAUUAUUGCCGAGGUAAUCGAGUCCGCGGCACCGAAUCACAAAGCCGGAGAUCUGGUUAUGGAUUUCCACCUCGGCACUUGGAGCGAGCUCGUCAUCCUCGACGCCGCUACUUCGCAACCUCUGGCUCCUUUGCCCAAUAACCUGCCUCUUACCCAUUACCUUGGUGCGUUCGGCGCAUCCGGACUUGCGGCAUACACCGGCCUGGCUUACGCCGGAGGUGUAAAGGCCGGAGACACGGUUGUGGUGUCUGCGGCUGCUGGUGCUACGGGAUGCAUGGCCGUGCAGAUUGCGAAAGUGCUUCUGGGUGCUAAGCGUGUUAUUGGUAUUGCUGGUUCGGAUGAGAAGUGCACCUGGGUACGGGAGCAGCUCGGUGCCGACGCGUGCAUCAACUACAAGAGCCCGACUUUCGUAGAGGAGCUAAAGGCCGCGACGCCAGAUGAGGUUGACGUAUACUUGGACAAUGUGGGGGGCCACGUGUUGGAUGCCAUGUUGACGCGCAUGAAGAAGAACGGCAACAUUGCCGUGUGCGGCGCAGUCAGCGGGUACAACUCGGACGAGCCCAUGUCUCUGAAGAACUGGUUCGAGGUCGUCUCCAUGAGGAUCAACAUCCGCGGAUUUAUCAUGCUGGACUACCUAGACAAGGCUCCUGCUAUCCUUAAGGAUCUCAUCGGCGCUGCGGCGGACGGUAGAAUCAAGCUGCAGAACAGCCAGACUACAGUAGAGGCCAAGAUCGAGGAGCAGCCCGAGAUAUGGAUGCGGCUGUUCACGGGCGGAAACCAGGGCAAGCUGCUCACCAAGCUCAUUGUUUAGAAUUAGAGGCUGCUACAAAAUAUAGAUAUACCAUAUUUCAUAGGAUAAUGCUGGCCUCUUCCUAGCUCAAAUACAUAGUAACUACCAGAUAAUAUUUCAACA